AUGAGCACAACAGGUCAUCAAAAAUCAUUUGUAUCAAGGAAACGUAUACAACCAAACUUUCUGGGACCUGCUACAACAACUACUACAUCAACAACUCCACAAGAAGAAUCUGUAGUUGAUUCUGCUCAAUCAGAACAGGCAAUUAAACAACAAAUUGUUGUAGUAGAAUCCUCAGUAGCAACAGUAGAUGAUAUUAAAUUGUCUCAACCUAUCACUUCUCAUACCGCUGCAGUGGUAGUUGUCCAGCCGGCUGCACCAACACCAGCACCUGAGGAUCUUAAAACCAAACAAUCAUUGGAUCUUCUUCAAAGUGUUAGAUCUAGGUUUGGAGAUCAAAGCCCUGUAUUUCACGAGUUUAUUAGACUCUUACAAGGUUUUCACUCUAAUUCUCAUACACCUGAAUACAUUGUAAACAAUAUAAGAACUUUAUUUAAAGAUCAUCAAGAUUUAUUAAUUGGAUUCGAUCUUGUUGUUGGUAGUCCAAUUACGACUUCAACGACUCCUACUACUCAACCAACUGUUGUACAACAGUCAUCACCUACCACCAUAACUACUGCUCCUCUUCCUCUUCCUCUUCCUACAACUACUGUUACUUCAACAACAACAUCAGCUGCUGUAAUCAAACCUGUAAAAUAUGAUGAUGUUGCUACUACACCACUCGUUUCUUCAACUAUAACUAAACCACCUCCAUCUCUUCCAAUCCCUGCGUCACUUGAAACGAAACCUCUGGUUCCUGUUGUGGCAACACCAUCUAAAUCACAAACCUCCUUCUUCCCAAAGACAGAUGCGCUGUUAUCAAGCAGUGUCAUUGAAACAAGUACAGAGUUACCAGAUAUAACAACAAAUGUAACUGAAUUAAAACGACAUACAACCGAUGAGACAUUGCAUAGAUUACUCAACAAACUAGAGAUUCAACCAAUUGAUGAGUCAACUAGCAACAACAAUGGCAACAACAAUAGUGGUCACUUACCACUCACCACUGACGAUCUAAUCACUCCCGAACCUAGAUCACCACGCAGUGGUAGUGAUGGUCCACAAGUAGUAGCAGUAGUAGUAGAGGAAGAGUCAACAGAGGAUGAAGAAGAAUCAGAUGAAGAUGAAGACGAAGAGGAGGAAGAAGAAGGGUCAUCUUCUACAACCAACAAGGCUGGAUACCAACAAGACGAAGUUGCAUUAUCAGAUGAAGGCGAACAAAUAGAGGAUCCAGAUCCAGUAGACUUUAACCCCGACGAUUUAAACGAUCAAAAGAGAAUGACAGAGAUUCACGAACUUAUAAGACAAAGAAACACAAGACAACGAUACCAAAGAGAACAAAAGCUAAACGAUAUGUUUGAUCGAAUUACCAAAGGUGCUCCUCCACCAUACAUCACUCCAACAAAGUUUGAAAAACGUAGAAAGAAAAAGUAUCCAGAGGACCAAGACGAGGAUGAUGAGGUAGAAGUGUCAGAAUCGGAUACAAGCCUUUCAUCAAGUCUAAAUGAUUCAGUCAACCUUUUAUCUUUAAAUCCUUUGGCUCCUAUUUUAGAAGGUCAAAGUUUAAAUAUAACAACAUCAACAACAACAACUACCUCAUCAUCAUCAUCAUCAUCAUUUGUAACACCAAGAAAAUCAGAAAAGAGAAAAGAUCCACCACCACAAUCACCAUUUGCAUUACCACCAUCUUUAAACAAAUCCUCUUUAGAAUCUCAAUCAUCUCUUUCAAUUUCAAAUGGUAGUAUAGGAGAAACAGUUGUUUUCAAAAAAUUGUUUUCAAACUCAAAUUCCAUCCACAAGAAAAUGAGAGAGAAAAUGACAGCAGUAGCCAUAUUAAAUGCAAAGGAAUUACUAAAACAUGAAAAGGAAUCAAAUAUUAAUAUUAUUCUCAUUUCAUUAAUGAGAUUAUCUUUAUUUGCACCAUCAAUAGAAUCAAAUGCUCCCAAAGGUACUGAAAAAGAUAAGUUUCAACAAUUAUUAAAUUCAGAAAAUGGAUUAUCUAAUCAAUUUUUAAAGUGGAAGGCUACAGAUGUCAUUAAAUCUUAUCAAUCGGUUAGUACUGAUCAAUGGCUAUCGGCAACUGCUCACACCAAGAAAAAAUUGGUUCAUGUACAUUUGAUGAAUCAAAUCAUUGUGCCAUUGUUUGGAGUUCCAACUAAAAUACUUGCUGCAUUGGCUGAUAUCCCAAGCAGUUUUACCAGUCAGUCUACUGGAAUAGAUACUUUGGAAAAGAUUAUCACUCGUAUGACAGAACAAAAGAAACUCACAACGCCAGAGGAAAUCCAACUCUUCAAAUCUACACUUGUCAAAGUGUACAGCAUCCUUUCAUCUCCUCCACCACCUAACCAUCUACUCACAAGAUUCACCUCAACAGAAAUCCAAUCAAUUAUUAAUAAUCGUUCAGAAGUCUCUGGUAAACUUAAAACAAUUGUAAAAAGUCAUGACCCUCCAAAACAACCUCAACCUCAACAACAAAUACAAAAACCUCAACCUCAACUGCAACAACCACAAGUUAUUGUUCAACAAGGUCAACCUCAAUCUGUUAAUUCCCAACCACAACCUACUACUACUACUGUUCUUCCUCCUCAAAAAACAGCUGUAGCAGCACAACCACUUGAACAACCUCAACAAAAAGCAAUGACCAGACCAGAUACUUCAGCUUUCCAAACAACUACAAAUACAACACAACAACCACCAGUUAUUAUACCUGCUCCUCAAAGUCAACCACCUCCUCCUCCUCCUACUAUUCAACCCCAAGUUCAACCACAACCAAUUAUUCCACCUCAAACAACCACAACUACUACAGGACCUCAACAACAACAACAAAAUAACAAAAAAUCAUCUGCUGUAGGCUCGAUAAAUACAAAUGAAUUUAUGCAAUCAACCGAAAAAUCACUUCAAGAAUUGACGACAGACCAAGCAAAGAUUCAGUAUCUUUUACAACUAGUCUCAAAACAACAAGCACAAAUCCAAUUGACACAAAACGAAAACCAAAAGCUUUCUACUCAAAACCAAAUGCUCUAUGAAAAUAUUGAUAGAUUUGCAGUGUGGCAAAGAAAUGUUAAAACUCAAUAUGAACAAUAUGCAUCAUUUAUGUCUCAUUCAAUGAUGUUUUCUCUCAACAAUCCAAAAAAAUAA